UAGAGACACUGACUUUUCAACAUGUUGCUGUCUGUGCUGAUGUUGCUGAUUGUCUCUGGUACACAGGGAAGUCAUUAUCUUGGCACUGUGGUGACCUACUACACAAAGGAAACUUUUACAAAUCGUUCAGUCUCUGUGAUCGUUCGAUUUAAGUAUAACUUCAAAACCUGUGAUAAUGGUACAUUUGUUUGCACUGGCAACUGUGGUGAUGAAAGCUUAGUUGGUAAAAAAUCUGAAGUUCAAACCAAUAUGUGGUGUCAGACGGAACAGAUCACAUCUCGACUGCUUCCCAACAACUCUCCAUUUCAGCUUGUGUAUGAUAGUAAUGCCUGGGUCACAAAUCUAUAUGACCUUACAUCAUGGAGAGCUGUAGCUGAAGUUGAACUGAGGAGUCGGUCCGACACCAACAAACCAAACUCAUCACCACAGACCACCAUCUUACUGGUUCUGAGGUUUCCUUCAAACUGCCUGAGAAAUAUUAAUCUUGUGACCUUUGACCCUGAUGGAGACAAGGUCAAAUGCAGAUAUGCUGACCAUAGAAUGAAAGAAUGUUACUCACCCUGCACACCUCCACCUGUUCUCAGCCUGUCCUCUAAUUGUACGUUCUCCUUCAAUGCAACUUCAAAUAAAACUGAAGGCUUGUAUGCGGUCCAGAUGGUGAUGGAGGACUUCCCCAGACAGCAAAUAACCCUGACUCAGGCUGAUAGGUCACAGGUUGUGAAAACUACAAGCGAUGCCAUCAGCCGGAUACCCAUCCAGUUUGGUAUACAAGGUAAAGUCUAAACAUCUGUUUGACAAAUUAACAGCACUAAAAUGCAUUUAAUUCUAAAAUAUACAUGUGAUAAAGUUAUGUUAAGAAAAACUUAAGUUUGUGAUUUUGAAUACAGACAAAACAGAAGUUACUGUCUUUGGAUUAAAGUCUUUGAAAUAGAAGCUGAGUAGUCAGUAAAUUCAUUUGGAUGGGAUUAAAUGGAUCUCAGAUACUAAAGUAAAUUACAUCUAUUCUCCCAUUCUACAACAUUUUUUAGUUCAAUCUCUAAUAUUAUCCUGCCUCUGCUUUUUCUCAUAGUAGCUU